UUUGGAAAAGCCUGUCGAAGCUUUGAGAUUUCCCUUUAGAGCCACCGACAAACUUCAACUCCAAUUCUAAUCGGUAUGCUCCUUUCCAAGUAGCAUCGUAGGCUUCCUCGCAAAUAGUUCGACCUACUCAGAUCGCCAUUUCAAAAAUUUAUAACAAGUGUCCUCCUAGCGAUCCCGUUUGUGUGAACCCAAAUUCACAAGUGAAUGACUUCUAGUUCAUAACAGUCAUUGGAAAAUUAUCUCUCCGGUUCAGCGUUAUACCAUCUCCAGCUUCUAAAGCUUAUUCUCAUCUAAUCUUAUCAGACGAAGAACAAUGCCUUUAACAGGAGUAGAGGGAAGAUUGGAAGGGAAGGUUGCAAUAGUUACAGGCGGGGCACAUGGCAUUGGAGAAGCCACGGUUCGCCUCUUCACUACACAUGGAGCAAAAGUCAUAAUUGCAGACAUUCGAGACGCUGCUGGUCAGAAGCUUGCAGAAUCUCUGCCACAGUGGGCAAUCUAUAUUCACUGUGAUGUGAGCAAAGAGGAAGACGUUAAGGCAGCAGUAGAUUUCGCCAUGAAAAAGCACGGGCGCCUUGACAUUAUGUUCAACAAUGCGGGAAGGGCAGAUAGCAACAAAAAUGGCGUUGCAGAGUAUGAGAUGGACCAAUUUGAAAUCACCAUGAAUGUUAACGCAAAAGGUGUAAUGCACGGCAUUAAGCACGCAGCCCGUGUUAUGAUACCCACCAAGAAGGGCUGUAUUAUUUCUACAGCCAGUGUUUCAGGGAUUAUGGGAGGCGUUACUCCUUAUGCUUACACGGCCUCAAAACAUGCAGUUAUAGGGCUGACUAAAAAUGGUGCAGCCGAGCUUGGGAAAUAUGGUAUUAGAGUCAAUUGUGUUUCUCCUUCUCUUGUUGCAACAGAAAUUUUAAUGGACUAUUUGGGAAGCAAAGACAAGGGCGUAGUAGAGGCGUGGGGUAGCAGCGUAGGCAACUUGAGUGGAGUGAUGCUUAAGCCAGAGGAUAUUGCAGAGGCUGUUCUAUAUUUGGCUGGUGAUGAAUCUAGAUAUGUGAGCGGCCAUAAUCUUGUGGUGGAUGGAGGCUCCACGGUUGUAAAUCACGGCUGGGGACUGUACAAGAAAUAAAUAUUGGUAUGUUCAGUUCCUAUAUAUAGCAUGCCAUAUCAGCACCCUAAUAUGAUAAAUAGUUCUAUCUGUUUAUAAAUAGAGGUGUUUUAUUUUUAAUUUCUUUACUAUGUAAGUACUUUUUAAAUAAAUCUAUUAAUAAGUAGUAGUUUUAAAGGAGAAUCCAAUGGUUGAAUGCGUCAUU